GCCUACCCUUUCUUGUGUUGACGUUGCAUUAAAGAGGUGGACUUCAAAAGUGGGCGGUGUGUAUAGUGGAACCCUGUUGUUGCGUGAACUAAGAGACCCCCGACGGACCAGGCGAGUCCGGGCUUACACCCCCAUGACGAACAGAGAAUGGCAAUACGACAGGGUACUCUGACGCCCGAAUCACGAUAGUGCUUGGUGACAAAAGAAGCUAAGUUGUGAUGGCCAGCCACGAUAAGGACAGUGGACAGCUGGUCUUGGCCACUUCCAGACGAAAGUCUGAAGACAACAUGGCCCCUUCCAGUGGGCAACCUGGAGGUCUGGUGGCCCCAUCCAGUGAACAGCCUGAAGGUUUGUUGGCCCCAUCCAGUGGGCAACCUGGAGGUCUGGUGGCCCCUUCAAGUGGGCAGCCUGAAGGUCGGGUGGCCCCUUCCAGUGGGCAGCCUGAAGGUCACAAGGGCACAUCAAGAUUGAGAGGUGACUUGCCAGUUCCUGAUAUUGACAUAUCCAGUUCAGAUGAGGAAUACCUUACAGCAGAGAGGAUGACUCUGGUAGCAGCGGAGCUCAGUUCAGACGAGGAACAUGAAGGUCGCUUGGUACUCGCAGGUUCAGCUGAGCGGGAGGUUCUUGAGCUAGAGAGCCAAGCAAUCACUCUGAGUACAGGUGAACAGCGUUCAGGGAACGCCCAAGCUACUUUAACAUGAUCAACAUCGCCACUGGAGGGGCAGGACAAGGAACACUGGGGAGAGAUACCCUUGAUUUGCGCACAGAUGAAGCAAGGAAGAUCUUUGCUCCAACUGAAGCCUACAGAAAAGUGAAACAGAAGUUGAAGGAAUUUGGUCAUGUGACUAUCUGUGGUGCUUCAGGAGAAGGCAAGACAACAAUGGCUCUGGUGCUGGGUUCACAGUAUAGACAAAAGGGGUACGAAGUCGUGUUUGUGGACAGCCUUAAGAAGUUUGACUUUGACCGCUGUCUAAGUACUUACUCAAGAGUAUUUCUGAUUGUGGAUGAUUUGUUUGGUACUGUUGGAGUAUCUGCUAAUACUUCACAGGUUAAAAACUUUCUGAACAAUCUUCUCCCCCAUUUAGAACAAAAGCAGAGAGCAGAAGAGAAAAGGUCAGAAUUGAGUGAAAACAGUGAUGCUGGUGAAAAAUCCAGAAAGAAAAUGCAAAAUUUAAAAGAAUCUCAAACAAAGGAUAUUCAUGUUGUCUUCACAUCAAAAUCAUACAAUUUCCAUGAUGGACUUGCAAAACUGCAGUAUGAGGGUUUCAAAUUGUUCAAGGGUCAAACAGUAGUGGACUUAACUACACACAAGAAAUAUUGGCUUUCUGACAAAGAGAAAAAGUCAAUAUUUGAACGACAUAAACAUGCUUGUGGUGACUGCUCUGUGCAACAUAUUCCAGAUUACAGUGAGCUAGAAAGCUGUUCCAAUAUCUUUGGAUUCCCUCUUAUUUGUAAACUUUGUUUUGAAUUUUCCUCUUUCUUUAAAAUGCACAAUCGUUAUUCAAGGAACCACUGUUUUAUCUUAGGUUAGAACUAAAUCAGUUACUUGAAGACAGAAAUGAUAGAUCGGCCAUUUUGGUUCUGAUGCUGCUGUGUGAAGACAAAUUGAACCUGACCAGGUUAGACAGUGGAGAUGAAGACAAGGAAAUGGACAGGAUGGUCAAAACUGUUCAAGACCUGAUGCCAAAUGCUACACGUUCAGGCAUGUACAAAGCCGCUAAAAGUUUUAGAGGUACAUUCUUCACAAGAGGAGACACUGUUGGCUUUGCCCAUUCUUCAAUCUAUGAUGCUUGUGCCUGUGCCUUGUUCAAUAUCAGUCCAGUCUUUGUUUUGAAGAACUGUAGUGAUGACUUUCUGUUUGAAAGAGUACAAGGUGAAAAGGUUGAAGAAACAACAGUUGAUGACCAUCUCCAUCUGAUAUAUGUCUCAGAUAAUUAUGAUGACCUACUUACCACAAGGUUUGCACAUUCUAUUAAACAAGGAAAGUUUUCUCAAUCAGUGACACAUCCAGUUCUCAAACGAGACACAACAGCUUUUAAACUGCUCAACAAACUUCAGUGUGAUCGGACAAAGCACCACCAUCAUCAUAAUCAAACUGAUUCUAAAGAUGAACUUUGGUUUCACAGAAGAGAGAAAGGAAAAUGUUUUCUGUACUGGGCAGUUCUUGGACAUAAUGCACUUCUAGUUACAGAUAUAGAACACACAACUGGAGAAGAGUUCUCUCAAGAGGAGAUCAGUCAAGCUAUGGAAGGGUGUGCACAAAGCAACAAUGUGACAGUAUUGAAAUGUCUCUUCAGUCGUUGUGAAAAACAUGAUCAUCAACAGACACUAAACAGACUUUUGUUGCAGGCUGCUGAAAAUGGCAGUUCUGAUAUUCUAGUGUAUCUGCUCCAGGAAGGUGCUGAUGUUGACACAAGAGACAAGAAGUUACGAAACAUCUUCCAUCUGGUCUGUAAGACAGGAAUGGAAAAAUCUCUGAAAAUCCUGUUAAAUAGGAAACCUGGAGAUAAUGUUAUAAACUCUGCUGAUGUGAAUGGCACAACCCCUGUCAUGGUUGCAGCACAUGCAGCAUCACAAGGAUGUUUUGAGUUACUACGGAAAAUAUCAGACUUGAAUGUGAAAGAUAAAUAUUGCAAUAGAAUUAUUCAUUAUGCCUGUCAGGGUGGCAACAAGGCUAUCGUGAAUCAUCUUCUGGCUCCUCCUAACAUCAACAGUAGAGGUGAGUGUGGCUGGACUCCAGCAAUGAUGGCAGCUGUCAGUGGACAUCAAAGUGUGUUUGACCUCCUUGUGUCCAACCAAGCUGACCUGACACUGGUGUCUACAUCUGGUGAUAGUUUACUUCAUCUUGCCUGUCAUGGUGGGAACACUGCUAUCGUACAACACCUCCUGUCUCCCUCUAACAUCAACAGUAGAGGUGAGCAUGGAUGGACUCCAGCAAUGGCGGCAGCUGUCAGUGGACAUCAAAGUGUGUUUGACCUCCUUGUGUCCAACCAAGCUGACCUGACACUGGUGGAUACAUCUGGUGAUAGUUUACUUCAUCUUGCCUGUCAGGGUGGGAACACUGCUAUAGUGCAACACCUCCUGUCUCCCUCUAACAUCAGCAGUAGAGGGAUGACAUGGAUUGACUCCAACAAUGAUGGCAGCUGUCAGUGGACACCAAAGUGUGUUUGACUCCUUGUGUCCAACCAAGCUGACCUGACACUGGUGGAUACAUCUGGUGAUAGUUUACUUCAUCUUGCCUGUCGUGGUGGGAACACUGCUAUAGUACAACACCUCCUGUCUCCCUCUAACAUCAGCAGUAGAGGGAGACUAGGAUGGACUCCAACAAUGAUGGCAGCUGUCCGUGGACAUCAAAGUGUGUUUGACCUCCUUGUGUCCAACCAAGCUGACCUGACACUGGUGGAUACAUCUGGUGAUAGUUUACUUCAUCUUGCCUGUCGUGGUGGGAACACUGCUAUAGUACAACACCAUCUUGCCUGUCGUGGUGGGAACACUGCUAUAGUACAACACCUCCUGUCUCCUUCUAACAUCAACAGUAGAGGUGAGCUUGGAUGGACGCCAGCCAUGGUGGCAGCUGUCAGUGGACAUCAAAGUGUGUUUGACCUCCUUGUAUCCAACCAAGCUGACCUGACACUGCUGGAUACAUUUGGUGAUAGUUUACUUCAUCUUGCCUGCCGUGGUGGGAACACUGCUAUAGUACAACACCUCCUGUCUCCCUCUAACAUCAACAGUAGAGGGAGACAUGGAUGGACUCCAACAAUGAAGGCAGCUGUCAGUGGACAUCAAAGUGUGUUUGACCUCCUUGUGUCCAACCAAGCUGACCUGACACUGGUGUCUACAUCUGGUGAUAGUUUACUUCAUGUUGCCUGUCGUGGUGGGAACACUGCUAUAGUACAACACCUCCUGUCUCCUUCUAACAUCAACAGUAGAGGUGAGUUUGGAUGGACGCCUGCCAUGGUGGCAGCUGUCAGUGGACAUCAAAGUGUGUUUGACCUCCUUGUGUCCAACCAAGCUGACCUUGCCUGUCGUGGUGGGAACACUGCUAUAGUACAACACCUCCUGUCUCCUUCUAACAUCAACAGUAGAGGUGAGUUUGGAUGGACGCCUGCAAUGGUGGCAGCUGUCAGUGGACAUCUAAGUGUGUUUGACCUCCUUGUAUCAAACCAAGCUGAUCUGACACUGCUGGAUACAUCUGGUGAUAGUUUACUUCAUCUUGCCUGCCGUGGUGGGAACACUGCUAUAGUACAACACCUCCUGUCUUCCUCUAACAUCAACAGUAGAGGGAGACAUGGAUACACGCCUUUAUUGAAGGCUGCCUUCUAUGGACAUAAAGAUGUGGUUGACCUCCUUAUACAACACAAAGCUGACCUGACACUCCUAACAGACUGGAAAAUGGAUAUCCGAGGAGUAGCUAGGUUGGGAGGGCAUUCUUCAUUGACCAGUUAUCUACAAAGUGUUUACCUGCCACACUGAUUUCACACAUCUCCUAUCAAACAGCAGCACAGGACUGUUCUUCCAUAUGCUUCUGCUUGUACCGAGGGUUUGGGGAAAAGGAAAGGUACAAAAAUGCUAUCAGUGUACACAAUAAAUAUUUUAAAGUCAACCAAUCAUUUGGAUAUCAUUAUAAAAAUAUAAGAAGAGGUAGAUUUGCUGUAACAUGUUAAUUAUCAGGCGAUGUUGACUUCUGAUGUUGACUCUUUGUAUUUCUGAAAUCUUUUAGAAGUCGCCAAAAAAAUUUGUGUUGAUAUUUGAUGACACUUUGAUUUGAUGACACUUUGAAAAUCAAUAAAUCAUUAGUAGAUCUACAUUUUGUGUCAUAGAUGUGACAGAAGCCUAUAACAGGGAUGGCAGUUUUCCGCCAAUUUUAUUUCAGAAUCACUCUCCUGACUCCCAUUUGAUGACACAAUAUUAAGUUUCAGAUGAAAAUACAUUUUCCUGUUGCCAUCCCUGCUGGGUUUGAAUUUGACCUCAUUACGUUUCAUAGUUUGUCAGCACAACACCUGGGUUUCACCGAAGUAGUCAACAUAGGAGUCAUUUAAAAUCAUGUUGCUUUUAUGAAAGGUCAAGGUUAUUAAAUCCAAAAAUGGAAUCAUCAUAGUGUGGAUUUUGAACAACCAGUUCAUGUCUGUUACUUCAAUUUGAUACAUCUGUCAGGAUCUGGCAAACUCGUCAUUAUAUUCCUUCAGGUUAACUUUCUUGACAAGCCAAUCAGGGGGGGGUUCUGUUUUCUCAAAAUAAUGAUGACUCUAACCCCAAUUCUAAA